AUGACAAUACUACUCCUCCGCAGCGCCUUCACACGGCAAACAUCACGUUUCCCUCAGAUCCAACGCCGUCUGCAAUCCUCGCCGCGAAAAACAGAGGAGGCAGUCCCCGUGCCAAGCACCGUUGCGCCAUUACCUCUCUGGCAGAGACUAGGACCUCUGACAACCGCUGCGCGAGCAUAUGCGCGGGCGCAGUCCAAGAGGCCUUAUAGGACGCAGGUUGCGACCGCGGUGGUCAUUUACAUAGCUGCGGAUUUAAGUGCGCAGUAUGUUAGUGAUAACGAGUAUGACCCUGCGCGGACGUUGAGGAAUGCGGUUAUUGGUGGAUUGGCUGCUAUACCGAACUACAAAUGGUUUUUGUUUCUGUCGCAUAACUUCAACUACUCAUCGCGCAUCCUCUCCAUCGCCACCAAAGUCGCCGUGGGCCAAGCAUGCUUCACACCAAUCUUCAACACAUACUUCUUCAGCGCCCAGGCCCUUCUCUCCGGCGAGAGCAUCUCUGGGACAAUCGAGCGCGUAAAAGAUACUGUCCCAACCAGCAUCGUGAACUCGUGCAAGCUAUGGCCCAUGGUGACGGCCUUCAGUUUCACGUUCCUGCCCAUCGACUGGCGACCUCUGUUCCACGGCGUGGUGGCGGUGGGAUGGCAGACUUACCUGAGCUUUCUGAAUAGACAGGCUGAGAUGAAGGAGAGGCUUAGGCAUGGGGAGAAGCAUGUUGAGGUUAAAGAGAAAAAGAUGAGGUUUGCUGUGACGCAGGCUGCUUGA